AUGCUCACAGCGUCUGUCGUCGAGCGUGCGACGCCCCACAAAAGCAACAUCCGCAGAAGCAACCGUAUCGCGGCAGCAACCGGACCGGAGACCGGCACCAGCAAAGCGUACUCCUACACCGCCGCGACGACUUCACUGCUUCGGCGGUGCCGCGAACAGUGCACCAAACGGGCGCGUAAGUUAACGCGCAAUCGGUUCUGCUCCUCGCAGGACAAUCUCGGUGCAUCGGAGUACAGGAAGGAUCGACGUGUGCACGGUCUGCAGUUGCCGCUCCAUCCGCUGCAGCUGGUCGGUUGGUUUGCUUUGGCACUGUUCGGUUACUCCACGUUCGGUGUGCUAAUACCGGCCCUAGAGUCCUCGCUACAACCGCCGCUGUACGUUGCCCUUGCCGCACUGUACGGGUUUCAUCUGGUCUCCCAUCUUACCGCACUGUUGCUUGAUCCGGCUGAUCCGGAGUUGCGCCGGUUGGCGCCGGCCAGCAAAACCGUGGUACCGGAGUUCGACCGUACCCGGCAUUCGCACGUGAUCGAGAACGGACGGUGCCAUCUUUGCAACAUCCGCACGACCAGCGUCCGGACGAAGCAUUGCAGCGUGUGCAACAAGUGCGUCGGUAUCUUCGACCAUCACUGCAAAUGGUUGAACCAUUGCGUCGGUGGACGGAACUAUGUCGCCUUUCUGAUGUGUGUGGUGAGUGCGGUCAUAGCGGCGCUGGUCAUCCUGGCCGCAGCCAUCGUCGAGAUCGUGCUGUACCAUGUGCAGCCGGUGGGUUGGCUUAAUCUUGCCUGGUUUGGGUUGCUGGACGUCGGCGACCGAACGGCGCCGGAUGAGGGUGUCGAGCUCGAGCUGACUACAGCUUCGAGCAGCUCGGUGGGCACCACGUUUACGGACGAAACGAGCACCGCUGGUGGGUUGCUGUUCGAAAACUUGACCACGUCCGCUCAGGACAUCUUGCUAAAUGGGACGGUGGGGGGUAUUUUCGGUGGUGGAGACGGGAACAGUACCGUCAUCAGUACGAUGGGUAAUUCUUCGAACGCGACGACUCAACCAAACACGACAACCAGUGUAGCUACUGCUGCUGCCGAAGGAAUUGCCCUUCAUCACACGGUGUUUCUGGUGUUUGUGGCCUCCCUUGGGAUACUGGCCGCCAUUGCUGCCGGACUACUGCUACAUCUAUGCUUCUUUCAUGUGUACAUCUCGUUUCUGGGACUCACUACGUACGAGUAUAUCCGCAACAAUCGCCAAGCUGCUGCAGCGCAACAGAACGGAGCGGGUGGUAGAGAGCACGGAACGCACCUUGCCAAUGGACCACCGCGAGUUGGCGGAGAGCUUGAAAGUGCACCGUCGAAGUUUACCCUGUUUUCGAACUGCACCCAUGCAGGGUCACGCAAAUUCCCCGAGGUGUACAUUUGCUCCUCGAUCAAUCAGAAGACUACCGCCACCAUCAACGGUCCACCGACGGGGGUGUCUUUCAUGGGACGGAGAGGUGGUCCAACGAUGCCAAAUGCGGCCGCCGUCAUUCUGCCCGGCCAACUGAACGAUCUUAAUCGCGUGAGGCCACGCACCCUACACUGCUGCGAUAGCAGUAGCACCGAAUGCCGGAACAACAUCACAGCGGCCGGGUUGCGUACCGUGACUGCAACUGCUAACGUUGCUUCUAGCUCGUCUAGCACCGUAACGACGUCCGCCAACGGUAGCAAUGACGACCCCCAGGGGCAACAUCUUCAGCAGCAGCAGCAUCAUCAUCAGCAGAAGGCUGCCUUCUAUCUCUGCUCGAUGCUGGAGGAUGAUCCGCAUGAAGACCUUGCCGUGGGCAAGACCUCCGGCAAUUGCCAGGGCACUCGGACAUUUCACUGCUGUUCGCAGUACAGUCGUCAGAUGGCAGCGGCACAUACCUCCUCGACGAUGACCACGAACAACAACAAUCACCACCGGCCCCACCACCAUCACGGGAAUGAUUUUCUUGCCGCGGCAACGGCAGCCACGCUGCUCGCAACCACCAUGACCACCUUGACAACGACCACCACGACGUCCGAGGAGGCAUACAUCCAGUACACGGAACGGUGCUCCUGCUGCAGCUUUCAGAUGCAGAAACCCGUCGCGCAACCGCCGAACGAUGGGACGCCAUCCACCCGCCGGCAUCACCUGCACGCGUACGAUUUGCAUCCCUUCCGGCGCGGUGCCGAUAAGCCGACGCUGGUGGAGCAGCAAGGUGGGCGUCGGUUGUGCUGUGCGAGCGAAUCACUCGCCGCGGUGAAGUCGCAUCAUCGAUGGAAAAGGAAAUGGAACUGUUGCUCGAGUGUACCGGAUAGUCCGGACGUGCCGGUUGAUAUGCGAACCAUCUCCGGUACGGUAUCCGUUUCCGGUAGCCGCACGGUAAUGGCUGCACAGUUCGAUACGGGUGCGCAGCCCAAUCUGCCGACGAUCAGGAACGUCGGCGAGCAGCAACCAGCGACAUCGAUUGAGCGUCACUCACACGGCGCACCAGAACUGACCUGUAAUGAAAACUGUGCCAACAAUAACUGUAGUAGCGUUAGUGUUAGUAGCUCCCGUGCGAUGGCCGCCGUGCGUGCUGCCAAGGAGGACGAGACCGCCAUCGAGCAAGACACCACGAUGCCCACAUCCGCCUCUUCUGCGAUGGAAAUUCUAAACUCCGAUGCCAACGGGAACGAGCUGGAUUACGAACGAGAUGCAAGUACGGCUUCGCAGGCCAGCGUUUCCCCAGUGCCGAAACGACCCCGGGCACGACUCGUCCGUCCCUGGCCGGUGGUCCGUUUGCGGCACAUGAUGCGUAUGAUCGAUCGGUACCGUAGACCACGGUGUCGGACGAAUCUUGCCGGCACCAGCGGGACCAGCGCAUCGGUGACUGUUGGUGGCGGUAGUUCCGGAGGUAGUAGUAGUAGCACCACCCUCCAGCAGCACACGCUGAUCCGCCAGAAUCAGGUGCGCCCCCUUACGUCCAGCGAGUUCGCGAGUGCCCUACUGACGGUGCCCGGGUUUGGUGCGUCGGCACUGGCAGCAGCAGCAGCGGCGGCGGCCGCCGCGUCCUCUUCAUCCGCCUCUGCCUCCCCGUCCGGGUCGUCGACCGGGGGACCGGGAUCUCCGUCCGUGCAGCUACGUUCGCUGUUGCCCACGUCGACGAUUCGCGGUGCGGCAGAGUCACCGUCAGCCAUCACGAUGCCGGUUCUACCACCGCCGGCACGGCGUCGCCUAAAAGGUGGCGGUACAGGUUGUGUGGAACAGUUGCCGGAGUUGAUUGGAGACAUCACGACGCCGUCCCCUACGUCGGGAUCAUCCGUCCGUGGUCCGGUCCAUCCGCCGAUGAACUACAGGCGAAGUCGCCGUAAGAAUGUUAUUCGCAACCGCAGCCCAACACUAUCGCCGAUCCACGAGUCCGGCCUAUCGAAUCCAACCUCUCCUCAGCCCUGCCGACACGUUUAUCCCGCGUGCUCAGCCACCACGAACUCCAGCUGUGGUGGGGCACGUUCUUCCGGGUUGAUUCCGCUGGUGACCACCACUGGCUACACGGAUCAGUCACCUUAA